AUGGCGACGGCACGAACGAACCUCGGUCCUCUGACCACGCCGUUUACCUACCCAGCCAGCUGCACAAACAACGUCAUCCAGUGCUCGUACUGCCUCGUCGCCUGGCAGGCGCAAACAUGCAGCAACAACCCCAAUAAUGCCGCCGGCGUCCAGGACAAUGCAAACUGCUGGCCACCACGAACAAAAGCCGACACCAUCACCACCGAGGCUGCCCUCUUGGGCUGGGGCAUCUACUCCCCGGGCCUGAGCUGCCCCGUUGGCUACAACACGGCGUGCUCGGCCACGGGCACGACGAUUGGCGGCUUCCAGUUUCAAUUCCCCGUCUCGGCCGGCGAGACGGGUAUUGGCUGUUGUCCUCCAGACUACGCUUGUAGCUACGGCGGCAACGGAGCUGCCCAGACCUGCUACAGCAUCGCGACAACCGGCUCCUUUCCGGCUGUGCAAUGCUCUGGCGGCUCCAGCAUUGCAUUGAGCUACUACACGUUGGGCAACGUCGCCACAGUGACCACGACACAAGUCAGCACCGUGUCCAGCUCCGGCUCUGCCAAUGUGCCUGCCAGCACCGUGACCGCGACGGAGGUGGACCUCUUCAACUUCAACACCGUUACGCUGUACGCGCCCAUGUUCCAGCUCGUCCACAAGGCCAGCGAUCUGCCCAGCUCCAGCUCCAGCUCCAAGGGCACCUCGUCCCCGACCAACACCGCCGACAGCACCGGCUCGUCGGGCGCAUCCAGCGCAUCAGACAAGUCAAGCGCCAAGAGCUCCAAUGGUCUGUCGUCUGGUGCGAUCGCCGGUAUUGCCGUUGGCGCCUCCGUGGUCGGCCUGGCGUUGCUGGGCGCGUUCAUCUUCCUGCUCAUGAAGCAGCGGAAGCAGAAGGCAGCCGUUGCGCAGUACGCACCGCCGCCCAACGUGUCUGGGAACACGGGCAUGGCGCCAGGCAUGGCGCCAGGCAUGGCGCCAGGCAUGGUGCCAGGCAUGUCGCCGGGUAUGUCGCCAGGCCCUAUGCACGAAGGUUCGUACUAUGCCUCGUCCACGCCGCUAUCGAUGAAGAGCGGGGUGAUGCACCCGUCGCCGGUGUACGAGGUGCAAGGUGAGUAUCCACGGCAGGAGCUGCCAUGA